AAGUCAUAAUAAACUCGCUUUUAGUACACACAUACAUACAUUAUUACUGCAUUUAAUUGUAGUCUGAAACAGGUUUUAGUUUAUUUAUUGUGUUUAGCUACUGAAUAGAGAAAAUGGCUCUUGCCGAUAUUUUAACGAUUUCCGUUGAAACUCUUUCCGACGAAGAUAAAGAUGAAUUGUAUGGUUCUCUGUUGUGGCUAGAUUGCACUGAAGAAGACUUUAAUAAAAACGACGCUGUUGGUUUAAUCAAAAUAUAUCAAGAAGUUAUGAAGUUUAAAGGAGAACAGGUUGAAGCUUUAAUCGCGGAAUUAGAUGAGUUGGCCAUUAGACAAGGCGAAGAAGAAGCUAAUAAGGAAAAAAUAGAAGGCACAACGUUUCAAACAAAGCCGUCAGCAAGUUCUGAAGAGCAUGAAGAACUGGAAAAGCGAUACAAGGAAUUAAAACAUAAAUAUAAAUCAUUGCAAAGAAAAAAUGAAGAUCAAAGGGAUCAAAUCAAUAAGUUUGCAUUUUUCUCAGAAUCUCCCUAUUUGGAAAUCAAAUCGGAAUCUCUAGAAAGACUAUUGAAAGCAAUGGAUGUAAAACACGUGUCUGGUUGGUACCAUCCGGCCAUGAGAUUACAAGCGGAAGUGCACACUUUGAGAGGCGGAAAUACGGAACUUCGGGAUCAGUUGCGAUCAACGAGAUUAGAACUAUUGAAAUUAAGGUCUGGCAGAGGUGGGCAAGGAGAUGGGAAUUUUAGCGAGGAAUUAACGGAAAUUUAUUCGGCUGAGGACAUCGAUUUAUCUGAACACGUUUCAGGAAAAACGGAAAAACUCAUUUCUUAUUUAAAUAAAACGUUGGUUUCUCUCAUUAGGGAUUGUACAAGGAUCGAAAAUGUGAACUCGCAAUUGGUCGAAUCUAUGAACAAAUUCAAAAAAGAUUUUUCAAUAGUUGAUGCUCAAUUAAAAAUUUUAUAUGACCAGUACAUAUCGGAAAAAAGCGUGUCGGAAAAAGAGAAGAAUGAAUGGAAUAAUGAGCGAGAUCCCUUAAUGGAAAAAGUUGCCGUUUUGGAGGCCAAAUUGGACGAUUAUUCGACUCUAUCAGUGGGGGAAGUGGACAGAGACGAAAGGACAGUUGAAUUGGCAGAAAAACUGGUCGUUUUGAACCGAAAAUGCUUAUUUUUAGAAAACAAUGAUGAAAUCAAUCGAAAGCAAUUAAACAGGUUACAAAACGAGCUUCAACUAUCAGAAGAAAAUGCAUUAUUUAGAAUCAAAACAAUGACAUCCGAAAUAAAACUGUUAAAAAGCAAAUGUGACAUGUUAACAAAAGAAAGUGAAGCAAAAGUCGACAAUGCAACUUUUGUAACCACCAGAAACAAUUUAGACAAUUUAACAAUCAAAUACAGGAGCUCGUUAGAUGAACUGAAGAAGUUCAAAGAAGACCACAACAAUGCUCUUUCACUUUUGUCCAAAACUGUUGACGAGCUCAACAAUGAGAAAAGAGAACUUCAGCUGAAGUUGGUCGAUUCAUUAUCAAAAAUUACGGAAGAGGAAGUAGCACGUGGCGACAACGAUUUGAAGACUAUUUCCAAUAAAUUAGCUCAAUGUGAGGUAAAUGAAAUUAGUGAACGACAGAGAGCCAACCACAUGACGAAUUUGUACGAAGUAGUCAAAGAGCAACUGCAGAAAUUGGAAGAGCGUUUCAAAGAAAGCGAGAAAUACUCGAAGGAAUUGGUCGAAAGAAAUCAAACUCUCCAAAAGGACCUUAAAGACCUCGAGGACAAGAUCAUCGAUAACGCAUCUCUUCAGGACUUCAGCGAUAUACAACAGAAGUACUCCAGGACAAUUGAUAAAAUGGAAAAGUUAAUUCACGAUAACAAGAAGUUGACUGAUGAACUGUUGCUGAUGAAGGAGCAGAAUUCUGACCGUUAUGAGCAACAACGAAAGGACAUGGAAAUUUUGGAUCUAAAACAUCAACUGGUCGAUUUACAAUCGAUGAGUGAUGAAAAGGCGAUGCUUGCCCGUCUUAGUUCGGACGUUGUCCUUGCAAGGAUGGCUGAAAAUGAACAUAAGAAGAAACUGGAAGAAACUGAGAACGACUUGAAGGAAACGAAAGAGAAUUAUGACGAGUGUAGAAAAAUUUUGGCGGAACAAAAAGCAAAAGUUGAGGGCUUGGAUUACAUUUUAAAUAACAAAAUAAGACAAUUAGAGGAAGUGGUUUACAAAAAGCGUCAACAAUAUUUGGGCUGUGUUCCUCUAGUUUCUGAGGAACAAUUCGUUAGGCAUUUGUGUCAAGUUUUUAAAGAUCAGCAGGCUGCUUUUGAAAGCCUGCAAAACGCGAAGAAAAAAGAAAACGAUUGCAUGAUUGUGAAGAAACAAUUAGAACAAAAAAUGCUGCUUUUCGACGAACUUAACAAAAUGUUAACUGACGACAGGCCGAUUAUCGCAGAAAAAAUCAGAGACUGGUUCACAGAGAAAAACACAAUCAUUGCAAAUGAAAUCAAAAGUGGUGGGGACGCGAGGUUUAAAGAUGACCAACUGAAACUAGUCAAAAAGAGACUGAACACAUUGGAAGAGCAAUGUAUUAAGCUUGAAGAAGAACUAUUUUUUGAACACCAGAGGAAUAACAAAUCAACUGCUGCUACAGAUAAAGAAAACUCAGAAAUGGAGUUUAUCCAAAGCCAUCACACAUCGAGUUUAACAUCAGGAAAUCAUAAUGUGUCUUUGUCUGAUUCCCAAAACGGCCACAAUCCUUUAUCAGAGUUGAUUAAAGCCACAAAAACUUUGAAAAAAAACACCGAGACCCAAACGGUUUUAGAAAUAAGCUUAGACGGAAAUGGGAAGGACAAAAUAAUAGACGAUCUGCAGAACAGAAUCCUGAUCCUUGACAACGAGAUUACCCAAAAGGACAACGCGUUAUCGGAAAUGAGAUCGAAAACUGUCGAACUCGAAAUGACCCUAAACAUGUUCAGAACCCAAAUCGCAGACAAGCACAGCCAAAUUUCAUUUUAUGAAAAGCAUAUUGUCGAUUUGCAAAAUAAAAUCAGCAGCGUAACUAACGAGAUAAAGAAAAGUGAUUUGGAGCAGACCAAUGUACAGGAAAUACUCGCUUUGCAGGCUAAAAUAAAUGAUCUUGAAGACUCUCUUCGAAGAAAAGACGUAUCAUUCAACGAUCUGCAAGUUGUACUCAAAAAUGACAGAGAUGAGCACAGUUUGGCAGCGUUAAGAAUGCAACAAGAAGUGCAAAAGCUUCAAAAUGUUAUUGAGAAUCAACAGAAAGCCUAUGAAGAGCUUCAUCAGCGUAUGGUUUUAAAAGAGGAAACGAACAUGCACCAUCAGGAAAAACAGGUUGGAAAGAACGCCAUAGAGAACUACAUUUCCCAAGUUCAUCAACUUGAGAAGCACACAAAUGAACUUCACACGUCACUUUCUAGUUUAACGUCUCAGUUGCAAGCAAGCAGGGAAGAGUCGGUUAGAUGGAAAAGUUUAGCCAACGAACGGCUUCAAAAUAUGGAACAGUUGCAACAAAGUUUAGAAAGACAACAUCAAGAGGAAAUAAUGUCUUAUAAAAAAGAGAAUGAAAAAUGGAGAAAAGAGGUAUUGAAUCUCCAACAAGCAAUAAUGAAAUAUCGACUGGAAUUUAAGGAUCUUCAGCCCGAUAUUUUGAAUAAACUUAAAGAAAAGGAAGACAAAAUACACGAACUUACUUCGAUUAUAACGAAUUUAAAAUUUGAUCUCAGAAAGAAUGCGGAACGUAUUUCUCUUACACCAAAAUUGAGCGAUUUGGAGGCUAAAAAUCAACAAUUGUCAAAGGAAAUUGAUGCUCUGAAAAGGCAUUUGGAACAAACUAUGAAUAGAGAGAGAAAUGCUAGAGAAGAGAUAAGACAACUAAAAGAUCAACUGAUGAAACGUCCACUUUCAGUUAAAUCAGAUCGAAGUGACAGAGAACAAUACUUGCAGAAAAAAGUUAACGUAAUGGAGACCGAAAUACAGUCUCUCAAAGAAAAAUUAAACGAUCAAAUUUUGCAAAACGAAAGUCACAAAUUGUUGGUAGCCGAGGACUUUGAUAAAUGGAAAAAGCAAAAAUAUUGGCAACAGAAAGCGGAAAAGUUGAAAAAUAAACUAAAAGAGAAAGAAACUGAGUUGGAGAAACUUCAGCAAACUUGUUCCGGUUACCGAAUCCUAAUUGAGAGAUUUGAAAAAGAAAAGUAUGCGUUAGAGAGUAAGACGAAAAAUCUUCAGCACGGAACUAUUGUUGGUGAUUAUUUGAAAGUGGACGAGUUACGAAAGGAAAAUGCAAAAUUGAAGAACGACAUGGACAAUUUGAAAGCGAAACUUCAUAUGCAACAGCAUCAUUCAGGAGCUCUUGGGGCUGCCAUGAUGCAAGAAAAAUUGGAGGCACAAGAAAGGAAGAUUGCUGUCCUAGAAUUGACUUCUAAGGCACCGGCAGAUGUCAGAUCGGAAGUGGAACGUCUCCAAAGUAUAGUUUCAAAUUUACAAAAAGUCAAUUGUAGCCUUGAAGCUGAAAAUCUCGAAAAGAAGUUGGACUUGGAGAAGUAUGACAGAGAAGUACCGCAGUUCAAAGACCGAAUACAAUAUUUAGAAAAUUAUGUGGAAGUGUUAAAAGAAGAAAAUUCAAAACAAGCAGUUACAGGCGCUAGUGAUCAAAGUAACGAAACUGUAAAUACUAAAAAAAUUGCUGAGAUGGAAAGAACUAUUUUUGUGUUAAAAAGAGUUGUUGAAAAGUUACAGGUAGAAAAUAAACGUUUAAUGAGUAAAGACAAGACUUGUUCUGCUCGUGGAUUUUCGCUUGCUCCAGAAAAGUUGAAAUCAGAUCUUGUUCGUUUACGGGAUCAAGCGAUCGAAUCAACAAAAAAAAUAGCAAACUUGGAGAAAGACUUAGAAAUUGCUCGAGACAAAAUCAAACUGCUGGAGAACGGCGAAGAACUUUCGCAAAUUAAGUCUGAACUUAACCAAAAAAUUGCCCUUUUAGAUAAGGUGAAAGUCGUUCUUUGUCGAGCGGCUACUAAAGAAAAGGCCCUAAUGGAAGAAAUUUUGUUGUUAAAACAGGAAAAAACUUCUUUAUCUCCUAAUAGUGAAAAUGACAAUGGAGGAGGCAAAAUAGAUGGUAAUGAAGAUGUUGAAAAAUUACUUUCAUAAUAUAAUUCCACUUAUGUGUUAAAAGUACGAGAUUUUUUUUUAAAGUUUUACAAAAUAACGUGAGCUCUGUUUACGUCUAAUAUUUUUAUAUACAUACAUUAUG